AUGCCCUCCACCACCACCACCUCCUCCUCCCGCAUAGCAACAACCCUGCUCGCCAUCCUCCUCGUCAGCCAAAUCAUCCUCCUCGCAGCUGCCGACCCCGUUCCCGCAGCCGCGCCUGAGCCUGCACCCGAACCGAAGAAAGGCGGCGGCAGCGGCGGCGGUGCCGGUGGCACCAAUGGCAGCCGCAACAACGGUGGUGCGGCGAUGGACAUGGCGGGGGUGACGAUGAUGACGGUGAUGAUGACGGUUGGGACGAGCGUCUUUGCGGGUCUGGGGUCGUGUUUUUUUUGA